CAGUUGCUGAAGGGCAAGCAGGAGGCACAAGACCAGAUCCACCUAGCCAGCAGGCCUCCAUGAUCUCAUACUCAUCCGGUUUCUUAUUCGCGACCAUAUCUACUUAUUUAAAAAAAAAAACCGCAUAGUGGGAGUCAUCACUUCAUCGUAGCUGAGAUCACAUCCCAAUAGGAGAGUGGAGUGAGGCGCGCGAUUUCACUUGGGACACACACACACACACACACAGAGAGAGAGAGAGGAGCUUGCGCGAGAGAUGCGUCACUGGAACCCGCGUGUCAGGGGCAUAGAAACCGUCCUCACCGCCUUUUGGGAUUUGACCAUUCUGGAUAUAUUUCACUCAUCAUUCCAUUUGGAAUAGGAUCAGUUAGCUCGGAAUAAUCACACUACCCAGUGGCCUAUAUCUCCUGGUUCUCAUAGCUGGAUUUCUAUCUAUAGGCUGUGCAAUUCUCUUCUGCAAUAUCGCCGGUAAUUGCGAUCUAUGGAAUUGUACCGGCGCACGCGACCACCUCCACCUCCUCAGUGUUGAGAGUACCAACAUUUGGAUCGCUUCUGAUUAGAUCACCGAGACACGGGACUUGCUUCUAUUACGGUAUGACAAAGAGCCGAGGGGAUCCGCGUGUCCCUAACUCUGAAUUAAAUCUCCAGUUGGCUCGAAGUGAAGGAGAAGAAGAAGAAGAAGGAGAAGAAGAGAAAGAAGGAGUUGGGAGUCUGGCUGAUCUCAUUGUGCAACUUGUGAUUUUGUAAUGAUCUCAGUGGUUUCUGAAGACUUGCAUGUUCCAUUAACAUUGUCAUGGUGUCACUUUCGAGGACUGGUGAUAACACUGACAAAGGAGAAAAGUGAGGACUGCAACCAAGGAACCGAGGAUCCAGGUCUAUAAUUUAGAGAACUAUUUUGGACUUGAACAGCAACAAUGGGCACAACGCUACAAGUUAUUCUGGGCAUGUUUCAGUUCGUGUCACUCACCAGAAUGCCAACACAGUGUGCCAAGGCACCGCUAGCUCAAUGGCAGCCCUCAGAGAGUCACGGAUCAGGACAAGUGGUUAGGUGGAUGGAUGUGUAUCAGAGGAGCGGCUGCCAGCCCAGAGAGACGUUGGUGGAGGUGUGGAAGGAAUUCCCGUGGGAGACACAUCACCUCUUCCUGCCAUCGUGUGUGUCAGUGAAACGUUGUGGUGGCUGCUGUGGCGAUGAGGCUCUUGAAUGCGUGCCCUUGCGCACAGACACACUCACCAUGGAGCUUAUGAAAACUACAUACAUGAAGCACGAACUGGUGCAGUUACCCUUCGUAGAGCAUAACCAGUGUGAGUGCAGGCCAAAAGUGGAUCUUCAUACAGAGCCAACCAGGCAAGACCCACGGCCAACGAGGAAAGGGAGGAAAAGGGAGAGGGGGAAACCAAAGCGAAAGAAACAUGUCAAGAUAAAACUGACGACUCCAGCACCUGCAUCUCUUGCUCUUCCAGCUAGCAUUGGGCCUUCUUCCCCCGCCGAAGAGCAAUGCCCGCCCUGCCCCAUGCGCAGAAUGACGUCACAGCCUCCGACGUGCGAGUGUACAUGUACUCUAAAGGAGCUGAGCUGCACCAAGAGAGGCAAGAGACUCAACCAGCAAAGCUGCAGAUGCGAGUCUAUAAGAGCGUAAUGAAAUGAGGGCUCCUUCCUUCCUUCCCUGGUUAAGAGCACUGUACCUUCAUCCAUCUUUCAUGACGGUGUCUUUAUCGUGGAGCCAUAGAGCAGAAGUCACCUCAACAAGAGUAGUGGAACCUCCUGCCACCCACCUCUACACAUUUAGUGCAGUAUUAGAUGCAUGUAUUUAACUCGGUAUCCGUGUCCCCGGUAGUGGUGCGUGUGUGUAUACCGCGUGUCUCCCGAUUCUCAUCGCUAAGCCUCUGAAGCAUCAUGCCGCAACAGCUCCGACAGCCAGUCAUGCGUAGUGGGACAAAGUGCUAGUGGAGUCCCAGGAAAAGCAUGGUGCAUUCCAGUGGACUGGAUUAUUGUGCUAAUCCGUGCUACUACUCAAAAUCUUAUAAUAGAGCUAAUCGAUCCAUCACCCCUACAAGACUGUGAAUAAAUGUCACUGGUUGGAAAGGAAAGACUUCGCUCAUAUGACUGAUCUGGAAGCUGGAAUUCACAGUUUUAUUGAUGUUCAAAUAACAAAGAGGACACCGUUUUUAAAGAAACUCCAGAACUUAAAUGAUGCCAACCGUAAAUUAGGUUGCAGGACGUUCAAUCGUUAAGAUGUUCCCUAUCUGCCUUGAGCAUCUCCAUAUACCGUACUGGGACUGAUAGAGAGACUGGUAUUGAGAUGUGCUGAAUGGAUAGAUGGGCAGGCGUCUGUGUGGUCUGAGUAUAGAAUGAUAAUGAUCUGUGUGACAGGCCUGAUUUAUUCUCAGCCCCCAUAAGCCCAUCACGUGGCCUCCAGGACUGUAUCAAUGAGUCUUAUUGUGUUUGUUUGAUUUGCUUUUUGUCUGGCGCUUUCCUUUGGGGAAUAAAUGAGACUUUCCCUCAGGCCAGGCAGUGAGGGGAAUGUCAAUAGUAAAGAGACCUGGCUAUAUUCCACUGCUGAUUGCAGCACACACUCACACGCACACCAAAAUCUCUCUCUCUCUUUCUGUCUCUCUCCACACACACACACACACACACACACUACUUCUCUUUCUGUCUUACUUUACUUACGUACUUGCAUUAUUAUUUUGGAAAUUUCCCAUGUUUCUACCUCUUUCUUUUUGUAAUUCGACCUCUCUCUCUCUCUUUCUCUUUCUCUCUCUUUCUCACACACACUCACAUAACAGGUGAUUAUAAGCUUUUCUUUAUUAGUACUAAGAGAAGAAUUCAAAUUUAUUUUACAUGUUUAUAUCAUUAUAUUCUGCUGCCAUGUAAGUCUUAGUAA